AUGACUGCGAAGCCCCUGCGCGAAGCGCCACGAGAUCUUUCAGAGAUCGCCAAGCAAGAAGAAGCCCUCAUCCUCCCUCACUUCAAUGCCGAUGAUGCGCUCGAGAUUGGUUUAACAAUCCGCAACAGACUGCGGGCCUUGUCCAAUCUUUCUGCCGUCGUCAAUAUUACGCUUGCUAACAGCAACAACAUUCUAUUUCAUGCUGUCUCUCGUCCAGGUGUUCAGCCAGACAACGACAUAUGGGUGUCGAGAAAACGCAAGACAGUGCUGCGGUGGGGCGUGAGCACCUGGUUCAUGCAUAACAAAAUGCACGGUGAUGAAGAAGCCUUCCAGAAGAAGUACAUGCUGGGUGAGUCGGCUGGACAAUACGCUAUUCAUGGCGGCGCAGUUCCUGUCCGAGUAAAAGGUGUGGAGGGAAUUGUCGGCGUCAUUGUUGUGAGUGGCCUCAAACAACAUGAAGACCACCAGGCUGUUGUCGAGGGCCUGGAGGAGUUCUUGGACGGUCUCAGCGCGGCUCUUGCAGCACAGGUAGCUGUCGACCAAUAG